CCUUCAACCGCUACCAGGUAACAACCGCAAUUCCUCACCGUUCUCAGCUUCAUUACCACAGCACUGACGCGAGUUCUUUGACACACAGCUAUCACGGCAAUCACCUGCAACACCUCAUCUCUAGCAGGCACGCAAAAGGCACAGCACAGCCAACAUGUCAUCACACCAGGCGCUCCAGGGGCACCUGUGGUGUGGCAUCUUUACUGGAGCAACCACACCACGGCGGAAGAGGAGGAAGGUUGCUCCGGUUACCCCGCGAUUGCCCAUACGUCUGCCAGCCACACCAUUGCAACCCCCACGAUUUGAGCUCCCGCCCUCUGUCCAUCGCCACUUGCCCCAAGCAAUUGCAGACAUGGUUGGCGAGAGCUCCAGCGAUGAAGACGGGCAACAGCAGCAGCAGCGAGGGAUUUCACCCGUGGACAGGGGUCUGCAGCGUCCGUUGAACCUCCCUGCUCCCAUCCCUUUCCUUUUUCCCAGCACACCGGGUGGACCCCUGGCGUAUGAGCCCCCGCCUCCACCCCCGCCUCCACCCCCUGCUCAACGACCCCGCCCGCAGACGCAUGCCUGCACCAAGGUUUCCCUUCAUCGAAUCCAUAAUCAGAAUCAUCAGAAUCAAGUUCAAAGGGAGCGCCUCAGAACAUUCAUCGGCAAUGUUCACAUCCUUGCGCGCCACACCACCUUCUUCCUGAAGUACUACCUUGCUGAUCAUCCUCUGCACGAUUUCCCGGACAUCACGGACAAGCACAUCAGCAUGAUAUUUGAGCUGCUAAACAAUCCAGGCUACAACGGCAAUCCGGUCAUCGCGCAAGAGUUGCGUCCACGGGUUCAAGAGUACUGUAAUGUUCACGGAUUUGCCCCCAUCCGCAUGCGAAAUUGCCAACCGACCGCAGCGUACACGGCUACGAGCAUCUGUUAUGAAUGGGCGGAGCCGAUGGAAAUAGAGGCGACUGGUGGUGCAGGUUGUUGACAGGUAAUGGUAUUCAGACCGAAACAAGAACUAGAACAAGACUAGGAAGAACU